AUGUCGUCUGCCCCUUCAAAGACAUCGAGCGAAGAUAUUAUCGGUCAAAAGUAUGAUCGCUGUGUGGCAGAUCUGAUCGUCAAAUCUGGUGUGGGGUUCGGCGUUGGAAUCGUUGCCAGUGUCCUUCUCUUCCGCCGCCGCGGGUGGCCAGUUGCCUUGUCCACUGGUUUCGGUGCUGGUGCUGCUUAUGCCGAUUGUGAUCGGUCCUUCAACCCUGCUCGUAUACCCGGUACCCGCAUUGUCCCACCUUCUGCGCUCAAGGAGCAAAAAUAA